AUGGCCUCGUGGAGGGCGCGCGGCGACCCCGCGCCGGGGAUGUACGCCCUCCAGCUCGACCCGUCCGGGGCGAAGCAGUACUUGCUGCUGUCGAAUGGCACCCAUGUGUACUGGGCCACCGGCAACUGGACAGGCAAGUACUUUACCGGGGCGCCGGAGGUCGCCGCGUCGAGCGGCGGCUCCGGGUAUAGCUUCAACUUUGUGGACAACGACGACGAGAGCUACUUCACGUAUAACUUCGCCGUGAACACGACGGUGUAUCGGUUCGUCAUGGACGUGUCGGGGCAGGUCAAGGGGUGGUUCUGGGUGGAGGCCACGCAGGGAUGGAAUCUGGUCUACGCCGAGCCCAAGGCCCGGUGCGACGUGCCUCGCGGCUGCGGCGCGUUCGGCGUGUGCACCGAGGGCUCGUCCACGGCGUGCGACUGCGCCCGGGGAUUCAACCCGCAAAGUCCGGCGAGCUGGGGCCUCGGCGACUACAUCGGCGGUUGCGUGCGCAACACCCAGCUUCAGUGCAGUAAGAACAGCAGUGGCCCGUCGGACGGCUUGAAGAACGUGGAGCAGGACAAGUUCCUCCGCAUCGACCGCAUGAGGCUCCCUGACGAUGGCCGAAUGGCGGGAGCCGCAAGCUCCGGCGACUGCCAACGCGCGUGUCUUGGGGACUGCACAUGCUCCGCCUACGCGUACAACGGCAGCUGCUUCUUGUGGCACAAUGAUCUGUUCAACUUACAAAACGGUGUCCUCGACAACCAGGCCAGCGCCGGAAGCCUGUACCUCCGUCUCGCUGCGUCGGAGCUCCCAGGCGCGCGAAGCCACGUAUGGAGGGACAUCAAGGUCGCCGCCGUGGCACUCGGCGUCACGUGCUUCGUGAUCGCCGCAGCCAUUCUUCUCGUUCGUACGAUAAGAGGAACGAUGAAGAGGAGAAGAGCGACGAUACUGAGCGGUCUCGCCGCCGGCGAUGGCUGCGUGAGCUACAAGUACAGCGACCUGCAGUCCCUGACUAAGAACUUCACCGACAAGAUCGGCGCCGGCGCCUUCGGGUCGGUGUUCAAGGGCCAGUUUUCCGACCGCACCGUCGUGGCCGUCAAGAAGCUGGAGGGGCUCCGGCAAGGCGAGAAGCAGUUCCGCGCGGAGGUGAGCACGCUGGGCACCGUCCAGCACGUCAACCUCAUCCGCAUGCUCGGCUUCUGCUCCGGCGGCGGCGACCGGAAGCUGCUUGUCUACGAGUACAUGCCCAACGGCUCGCUCGACCGGCACCUCUUCCGCAAGACCUUCUACGUCCUCAGCUGGCAGGUGCGGUUCCAGGUCGCGCUCGGCGUCGCCAAGGGGCUCGCCUACCUCCACGACAAGUGCCGUGACUGCAUCAUCCACUGCGACGUCAAGCCCGAGAACAUCCUCCUCGACGCCUCCUUCGGCGCCAAGGUGGCCGACUUCGGGCCCGCCAAGCUCGUCGGCCGGGACUUCAGCCGGGUGCUCACCACCAUGCGCGGCACCGUUGGGUACCUGGCGCCGGAGUGGAUCAGCGGCGAGGCCAUCACGGCCAAGGCGGACGUGUUUAGCUACGGGAUGAUGCUCUUCGAGAUCGUGUCCGGGAGGCGGAACAUCGAGCAAGGGGAGAGGCGAUCCGUGGUGUCGUCGACGGCAGACGCGGACGGUGCGGAGGAGCACCCGACGACGACCUUCUUCCCGUUGCUGGUCGCGAGGAAGCUGGCAGAGGGGGGCGUGAUGACGUUGCUCGAUCCCGAGCUGGAAGGCGACGCGAACGCCGAGGAGAUGAGGAGGGUGUGCGAGGUCGCCAGCUGGUGCAUCCAGCGCGACGUCGACACGCGGCCGACGAUGGGGGAGGUGGUGCAGGUGCUAGAGGGGCUGACGGACUUGGAGAUGCCACCGGUGCCUCAGUACCUUGAAGUGCUCGUGGGACGGCCGGUACACGGGACGGCGUACCAUAGCGAUAGCGGGGAGCAGCUUGAAGCGCCCGCGGGAGGCGGGACGGCCGGUACACGGAACAGUGUACCAUAGCACGGAGCAGUUUCUCCGUUCGUAGAAGCUAGAGCAUAUCUCGUA